AGUUCUCGAGAAAUCAUGCUUAAAAAUAAGGCUUGCCUCGGCAUCGGAAAUCAUAAAGCAAUAUUUGUCAUUCAUUUUGAAGAAGCACAUAAAGUUUUCAUACAAGGCGAAAAGAUAGUGAUGUAUACUUCACAUUCAGGCAAAAGAGCAUCAGGGAUUUAUGAAAUCACCCAAGCUUCAACAAUCAUUGAAUCUAUUGGCGAAGGGAGCCAACUUCAAACAGAAACCAGUUUUUUUUACAGACUUAAUGCUCGAAUACCUGCUCGUUUGGUACUUUACUUUUUGUCAUGGUCUGGCUUUUUGGUUUCAUUUAUGAUGCGCAACGAUAUAAAUUUUGCCCUCGUGGCAAUGGUGCGUCCAUCAGACCUGUCGAGUUCCUUAAGCACUUCUGAUUCCAGCAGGAAAUUGUUUAGCUCCGCUGAUAAAAAUGAAACACACAAACGACUAUUUUUUAAUAAUGACAAUACGAAUAUAUCUGUGAUAAACUCAACAAUGAACUCCGAAAACAAUGACGACUUAUAUGAUUGGUCUCCAACGGUGAAAUCAAUAGUUGUAAGCUCGUUUUACUGGUGCUAUGUAUUAUCACAAGUUGUCGGUGGGAUCGCUACACAAUACUUUGGUACAAAACAAGUAUUUGGGUGGUCUCAAUUUGCUACAGCGUUAUGUAGCCUAUGUAUUCCCUUCGGGGCUGACCUACACUAUUCCGCUGUGAUAAUAUUGCGAUCUGUGCAAGGUUUCGCUUCUGGAUUAACAUGGCCGGCUAUGUACGCAAUAGUAGGCUAUUGGAUACCGUUAGCCGAACGGUCCAGGUUUAUGUCCAGUUUUCAAGGCUUUAGUAUAGGUAUCGGCUUAACAUACCCUUUAUGUGGAUUUAUCAUUGAUAAUUUCGGCUGGCGAUAUAUCUUUUUUACCACUGGUUCUUUAGGUAUGAUUUGGUGUAUAUUGUGGUAUUACUUAGCGUUUAACACGCCUAAGGAACAUCCACGAAUUUCUUCUCAAGAAAUUGAAUAUAUUGAAGUAAGUGUUAGUUCAGAAACAAAAGAAACAAUAGGCAUGAAGGUGCCAUGGAAAUCAAUUUUUACUUCCUUGCCUGCGUAUGCGAUUGGCAUAACCACAUUUGGAAGAAUUUGGAUUCACUAUAUAUUUAUUGUGUGUGGUCCAAAUUUUAUGAAAAAUAUGCUUAAAUUCAAUUAUAAGACCAACGGCUUCCUCUCCGGAAUGCCUUUUAUUUGCUCCUAUAUCUCGUCUGUUUUAUUUUGCUAUGUUGCUGAUAAAUUGAUGCUAAGUAAUUGGAUGGGUCUCACAAAUGUUCGCAAACUCUUUACCGCAUUAUCACAAGUUGUACCUGGCAUUCUGGUAUACUUGAUUGGAUAUAUAGACAAAAACAUUGCAUUAUUAUUGGUAGUUUGGUUUGUGUCAGUUACAUUCAUAACAGCCUCAUAUGCAGGUGCAAUGGCUAACAUUGUUGAUAUUGCUCCGAAUUUAGCUGGUCCGGUUCUUGCUUUUUGCCAAACAAUACAUAUGUCAGCAUCAUUUCUUUCUCCACUGGUAUCCGGUAUAAUAGUCACAAACGAGAGUUCUAUAGAACAGUGGCGUCUAGUAUUUGGUGUUUCUUCCGUAAUUGCAAUAUUAACAUUUGUCGUUUAUCAAAUCUAUGGAACUGCUGAAAUUCAGAACUGGAACUACCCCCAGUCCCGCAAUGAUGGUUCUGCAGAAGAGUGCCAAAUCCUUAAUAAGCGGAAAGAGAAUAUACGGAAAGAUGAUUUGUAAACUAUGUAAUUAAAUAUAUGUACUUAACCAACUUACAGUUUUUAUACAUCGCUUUUAUAUGUGCUCUCUUAACAAAUGCAAAAUUUACAAAGGUAUAUAAAAAUAUAAGUAUGUAUGCGUCAUAUGCAAACAUAUAAGAAGUAAACCAUAUGUAUGUAUUAGUUGUUUUGAAUUUGUUAGUAAUGUGAAGGUCUUAAUACUAUUUAAAUAAUGUGUGAUUUGUUUAAGGAAUCGGAUAUUAGAAAAAAAUAUAAUAAAAAUGAAACUUGUUAAUUUUACAUACAUUUCA